AUGCAGCAUGGAGAGCUGAAUGCUAACAAACCCAUCGCUGGCACUAUCAACACCAUAGAUCGGGGGGCCCCAGCCGGAGGACCAGCUGGGGAAAGACUUCUUCCAAAGCGCCCCCGCACCUCUGAAGUCAUCUCUUUCUCGAAUGAGGACCUCAAGGGAGUUGAAACUCCCCACGAUGACGCCGUGGUCAUCUCUAUGGUCGUAAACAAGUUUGAUGUAAAAUGCGUCCUACUUGAUAAUGGAAGUUCGGCGAAUAUUUUGUACUUUGAUGCCUAUUCUAGAAUGGGGAUGACAGAAAAGCAGUUACGGAGGAUGAACACCCCACUGGUCGGAUUUACUGGAGACUCAGUUCCAGUGGAGGACGAGGUCGAUCUCCUGGUCAUGGUCGGGCUCGCCCCCCGAGAGAGUACCGUGGGGAUGGGUUUCUUCAUGGUACGUUUGCCCUCGGCCUACAACGCCAUCCUUGGACGACCAGGGCUCAACGCCCUCCAGGUCGUGGUCUCAACCUGCCACGUACUUAUGCGGUUCCCCACCAGCCAAGGAGUCGGCGAAGUCCGUGGGGACCAAACGGUAGCAAGGCGAUGCUACAUGGCGACCCACGAGGCAAAGCAACCGGCCAAGGUGUCAACUUCGACGCCAGAUGACAAGCUCUAG